GUCCGAGAUGAGGCAAUGUUAGGGUUAGGGUCCAAUGCCGAGCAUGCCGAGUCAAAGCGAACCUCUUUAAUUACCGAGGACAUCGUCAACUUAAUUCCAAAGUGCAUAGAGAGAUAUCCACCCGGGUUUCGAUUACUUUGCGAGUCGGCCCUCCGUGCCCUCCGUCCGCUUUGCAAGCUCGGCACCACCACCACCACCACCACCACAACAACAACAACGUCAACAACAACAACAUCACCAUCCCCGCGCGUGCACCACACGCGCCCCCGAUGCUCCUCGCCGACCCGGUAACGAGCAUGUCGUCCGCCCUCGUCAAAGGCGCCGCGGCGCAGGCGCAAGCGCAAGCGCAAGCGGCCUUCGCCAAGUCGGCAUCGCUCGCGCCCCGGACGACGCUGCGUCCCGUGCAGAUCCGGCAGACCCCGCUCGCCCAGACGGCGCGCCACGCGCUCCCCGCCCUGCUGGCCGGUCUCUUCGCCCUGCGCUUCCGCGCCCUCGUCGCCGACCCCGUCUCGACCAUGGCCACCACCACCCUGCCGCUCACCGCCGCGCUGCAGGUCGCCUACGCCGUCUGGUGCCUGCCCGCUCCGGGGGGCCCGGGUACCGCUGCUGCUGGUUCUGCGGCGGGGGCUGGAGCACAUGCAGCAGGAGGAGGAGGAGGAGGAGGAGCGGCAGGAGCUGCAGGAACGGCAGGAACAGCAGCAGCAAAGGCGGGGCGGAAGCAGAGGCCCGGGGAGAGCAGCCUUAGGAAGAGAGGGGCGGCGGAGAGCAGCGGGUCGAGUGCCGUUACUACCGCGGUCCUCUCGCUGAUCCUUUCGCUCCUCGUCACGCCCUUCCUCUACGUCGCCAUGAUCCUCUUCGGCGCGCCCUUCCUCACGCACGCCGCGCACACUUUCCUCUGCGCCGCGCACCUGGCCGUGCUGGUGCUGCUCCCGCUCUUCUACGUCCACGGCGUGGACGGCUCCGCCUGGGCGGUCGUCGGCGGCUUCGGUGCGCCCCUGGACGAGACCUUUGGCGGGCUCGUCGGCGGGCUGGUCGGCGCCUGGCUCGGUGCCGUGCCGAUCCCGCUCGACUGGGAUUGCGACUGGCAGAAGUGGCCCGUCACCAUCAUGUGCGGCUUGUAUGGCGGCUAUGUGCUCGGCCGCGUCAUUGGGGGCACGCUUGCUUGGGGAAAGAGCUUCUAGAAGGAAGGAAAGAAAAUACUGGUGGUGUAUGAAUAAUCGUGUGUGAAUAUUGGUCCGUGAAGGGACCGAGGAGGCGUUGAGAUACCCUUAGACUCGCAUCGGAGGAGACGGGCGUAGUAGGAUGGGUUCUUUUGGGGAAGCGCACACUUGUGAAAGCUGCAAGCCUCGUUUGGCAAUGGAUUCUAUCGACCUCUUCGACGAAUUAUUGGUCAAUUACUACGUAUGCACAAGAUACGAGUUUCCACACUGAG